UACAUAAAUCAGAGAAAUUUGUGACGAAGAACGGACUCAGAGACAACGCAUUGAGCCACUGUGUAUAGAGAAAGAUGAUCAUUCCCGUUCGUUGUUUCACCUGCGGAAAGGUGAUCGGAAACAAAUGGGAUACUUAUCUGGAUCUUCUGCAGGCGGACUACAGUGAAGGAGAUGCACUGGACGCUUUGGGUUUGGUUCGUUAUUGCUGUAGACGCAUGCUGAUGACCCAUGUUGACCUCAUUGAGAAGCUACUGAACUACAAUGCUCUGGACAAGUCUGAGCCCAGCUAAGACAGCUUAUGGAACUACAGAUGACUCAGAAACCAGUUUUGUCACUUUCUUCUGGUCAAGUGUAGUGAUUUUGCCUUCUUUUACUUCUUCAAAUUGUCUAUCAUCAGACAUGUUUAGUCUGUUCGAGCCAAUUGAGCUGUGUGAAGUUUUAAAAAGACUAUCAUAUGAUGCAGCGUAUGCUAGCUACUCAGCCACUAAAGUGUAUCAGUCAGUGUGAUGACUGUGAUAUCACAUCAUGUUAUGACUCCUUUUUUUUUUUUUUUCCGGCCAGAACACAUCAUGUUAUGACUUUAAAGACUAAAUUCGUGGUAAGCCUUGUGUUGAAAUUGAUGCUGUCAUGUGAAUUUAUAUGUAGGAAUGCAGCCUUUUGUGCGUAUUACAGUUUAAACAAGUUUGUACAAGAAUGGCUUCUGCUUAGCAGUUGGAUUGAGAAAGCAUUGGUUUUAUUGCAA